CGGCCCGCAGCACGCUGUGCGUGAGGCGGAUGUCCGGGCCGGCUGGGCCGGGGCCGCGGACGAGAUGGCGGAAGGCGGAGGCUGCCGUGAGCGACCGGAUGCGGAGACCCAGAAAACCGAGCUGGGGGCCCUGAUGAGGACCACGCUCCAGCGAGGGGCGCAGUGGUAUCUUAUUGACAGUCGGUGGUUUAAGCAGUGGAAGAAAUAUGUGGGCUUCGACAGCUGGGAUAUGUACAAUGUGGGUGAACACAACCUGUUUCCAGGCCCAAUAGAUAACUCUGGACUCUUUUCAGAUCCAGAGAGUCAGACCCUGAAAGAACAUUUAAUUGAUGAAUUGGAUUAUGUUUUGGUCCCAACUGAGGCCUGGAACAAGUUGUUAAACUGGUAUGGCUGUGUUGAAGGGCAGCAGCCCAUUGUGAGAAAGGUUGUGGAGCAUGGCCUGUUUGUCAAACACUGCAAAGUGGAAGUGUACUUGCUGGAACUGAAGCUCUGUGAGAAUAGUGACCCCACCAAUGUUCUGAGUUGCCAUUUCAGCAAGGCAGAUACCAUUGCAACCAUUGAGAAGGAGAUGCGGAAGCUGUUCAACAUUCCUGCAGAGCGUGAAACAAGACUGUGGAACAAAUACAUGAGCAAUACCUAUGAGCAGUUGAGCAAGCUCGACAACACUGUUCAGGAUGCGGGGCUUUACCAGGGCCAGGUGCUAGUAAUUGAGCCUCAGAAUGAAGAUGGUACAUGGCCGAGGCAGACCCUUCAGUCAAAAUCAAGCACUGCGCCUAGCAGAAAUUUCACUACCUCUCCCAAAUCGUCAGCGAGCCCCUACUCUUCAGCGGCUGCCUCUCCCAUUGCAAACGGUGAUAGCACUAACACCUCUGGGGUGCACAGUUCCGGUGUCAGCAGGGGUGGCUCUGGCUUCUCUGCUUCGUAUAAUUGUCAGGAGGCCUCGUCAUCUCAAGUACAACCUGGGAUCUGUGGACUCGGAAACCUGGGGAACACCUGCUUCAUGAACUCAGCCUUGCAGUGCUUGAGCAACACCGCACCACUGACUGACUACUUCCUUGAAGAUGAAUAUGAAGCGGAGAUCAACAGAGACAACCCGCUGGGGAUGAAAGGGGAAAUCGCAGAGGCCUAUGCAGAGCUCAUUAAACAGAUGUGGUCUGGAAGGGAUGCCCAUGUGGCACCGCGUAUGUUCAAAACACAAGUGGGACGUUUUGCCCCCCAGUUUUCUGGCUACCAGCAACAAGACUCUCAGGAGCUGUUAGCCUUUCUUCUGGAUGGAUUGCAUGAAGAUCUGAACCGAGUGAAGAAGAAGCCCUACCUGGAGCUGAAGGAUGCCAAUGGGCGGCCAGAUGCGGUGGUAGCAAAGGAAGCCUGGGAGAACCACAGGUUGAGGAAUGAUUCUGUGAUUGUGGAUACAUUCCAUGGCCUCUUCAAGUCUACUUUGGUUUGCCCAGAGUGUGCAAAGGUUUCGGUGACCUUUGACCCAUUUUGCUAUCUCACUCUCCCACUGCCCUUGAAGAAAGAUCGAGUUAUGGAGGUCUUCCUGGUUCCUGCUGACCCUCGCUGCCGACCUACUCAGUACCGCGUGAUCGUGCCACUGAUGGGGGCCGUGUCUGAUCUCUGCGAGGCGCUCUCCAGGCUGUCUGGCAUCGCUGCAGAAAAUAUGGUGGUCACUGAUGUGUAUAACCAUCGAUUCCACAAAAUUUUCCAAAUGGAUGAAGGUUUGAACCACAUCAUGCCUCGGGAUGACAUCUUUGUGUACGAAGUCUGCAGCACCUCCACUGAUGGUACAGAGUAUGUCACACUUCCGGUCUACUUCAGGGAGAGGAAGUCCAGGCCUCAGAGCACAUCCUCGGGAGCAGUGCUUUAUGGACAGCCCCUGCUGGUUUCUGUCCCCAAGCACAAGCUAACCCUCGAUUCUUUGUACCAGGCUGUCUGUGAGCGUAUCAGCCGCUAUAUAAAACAGCCUUUGCCUGAUGAGUCUGGCAGCUCGCCCUUGGAGCCCGGAUCCUGCAAUGGCUCCAGGGGCAGCUGUGAAGGAGAAGAUGAAGAAGAAAUGGAGCAUCAGGAAGAAGGUAAAGAGCAGCUAUCUGAGACAGAAGGCAGUGGCGAGGAGGAGCUGGGAAAUGACCAGGGUGAGACUACGCAGAAGGUCCGAGACCAGCGCUGUCCCAGGAGGCUUUUUACCUUCAGCCUUGUGAACUCCUAUGGAACAGCUGACAUCAAUUCUCUGGCUACAGAUGGAAAACUACUUAAACUCAACUCACGAUCCACACUGGCCAUCGAUUGGGACAGUGAGACACGAAGCCUUUACUAUGAUGAGCAAGAGUCUGAGGCCUAUGAGAAGCACGUGAGCAUGUUGCAGCCUCAGAAGAAGAAGAAGACGGCCGUGGCUCUCAGAGAUUGCAUCGAGCUUUUCACCACGAUGGAGACCCUUGGAGAACAUGACCCCUGGUACUGUCCCAACUGUAAGAAGCAUCAGCAGGCCACAAAGAAGUUUGACCUGUGGUCCUUGCCCAAGAUACUGGUUGUCCACCUCAAACGUUUCUCCUACAACAGAUACUGGAGAGAUAAACUUGACACUGUUGUGGAGUUCCCAGUCAGAGGUCUGAACAUGUCCGAGUUUGUCUGUGACCUGUCAGCAAGACCAUAUGUGUAUGACCUCAUCGCCGUGUCCAAUCAUUAUGGAGCCAUGGGGGUUGGCCACUACACUGCUUAUGCGAAGAACAAACUGAAUGGGAAAUGGUAUUAUUUUGAUGAUAGCAACGUGUCCUUGGCCUCUGAGGAUCAGAUAGUGACAAAAGCUGCUUAUGUGCUGUUCUACCAGCGUCGAGAUGAUGAAUUUUAUAAGACUCCUUCACAUACGAGUUUUCCUGGAUCUUCUGAUGGAGGGAUAAGGCCCAGCGGCUCGCAGCAGGGCGUGGGGGAUGAUGAGGCAUGCAGCAUGGACACCAACUGAUAUGGCCUCCGCUGUCCACACACCAGGGUCAUCCCCAGGAGAACAUCUUUGACACUGGAGACUGUAGUGUUCAGUCUGAAAACCAGAUGAGAAAAUUCCCUUUUAUGAGUGGAAGAAAAAAAUACCCUGUUUGCUCAGAAGGGUUAAUUAUUUUUCCUUUAAAAUAGGUGGUGAAAAAGUUCUGUAAAACCUAUGGAGCUGCAGAAGGGGGUUGGGAGUGGGGGCAUUGAUUAGUAUGUCUGAUGGAUUCCAAAGAACAGAGAAACACACUGUAAUCAAGAAUAGGACGGCCAAGAAGACCCAGCUCUGCCUGCCUGCCUGGAUUUCUCAUUCUGGUACUGACUACUGGACACCCCAGUAGUCUGCCAGCAUAAACCAAGCCUCGAGUAAACUACAUGUUGUCCCCCUUUC